UUAAGUGGCGCACAUUGAAGGCAUGUUCCACCUGGGAGGGGCAUCGUUGCCGUGACAGUGUUGAGUCAGUGGGUCUGUGUGAAGUAGACGUUUUUCAUCCGGUGCAGAAGGGAAACCUUUUCUUCGUUCUGAAAGCAGCUCUGCUGAGAUGCGCAGGGCUCCGACACAGCGGAGGUCGCGAUAGACUGCUGGUGAAUUACAAUUGAUACGAGAGCCACCAUGAUGAUGAACGAGGGGCUUUUUAUCUAUUUUGUUCGUGUAUCACGAAUGACCACACGUUAAAUUAAACAAGGGUUCUUCCGGGGAGCAUUUUGUCCUGCGGUCUCAGGCAGGAAUGAUUUUUCUCGGCUUUGUUUUGCUACAGAGGACCAUGGAGACCUCCGAAGGAAUCGGUCAUGCUCUCUGGUGAGAGCGUGGCUGGGAGCGAGAGUUGUAAAGUCCCCAGGAUUACAUCACAUGGAGGUCAAAGGACAUCUGAUCACAUCUAUGGGUUUGGGGGCUCCUGAUGUUCAAGGCUGCCAGGACAGCAAGCUGCAGGCGGAGAGGAUUGCAGCUCUGCAAGAGAGGAAGCAAGCCCUGGAGGCCCUCCUCAACACCAGAGUGGGGGAGCUCAAACAAGUCUGUUUGCUGGAAGCAGAGCUGACUGGGAAGUUGCCACAUACUUUUCCCCUGGAGACAGGAGAGAAACCCCCACUGGUGCAGCGCAGAGCUGGCCUGGCAACCAACACCAAGGCAGAGGAUGAGGCUGCCCAAAGAAAGCAGAUGAAAGCCAUCUUCACAGGUGCUCUGUACAGACACUCAGAAACAGACCGAAAUAUCCCAAAUAGCAAGAGGACAGUUCAUCGGGGGUGUCACACAGAGGACACUGUCAUGUCAGAGAGUACAAGCUCCAUGUCAGAUUCAACAUCCCAUGACAACGAGUCUUCUCCCAGUGUGGCGGCUGACCAGCGCUCUCUGUCUCAGCCCCGGCUCACCGUGGGCAGCCCUGACCACAGGAUCAGCAGGAAGCUGUCGCCAGUCGAGAUUUACUAUGAGAUGAGGACACGCCGCAACUCUGUCACAAGCUCUGUUAGCCCAACUCACUCUUUACCCAGAAGUGCAUCUAACAUUGAAGGGAGAAGUGUACCAGCUACUCCUCUGUUGGCCCGAACUGCUCCAAUCAGCGUUCACGUCAGGUCGGAUGUGUCGGGUGGUAAUGUGUUGAAGCAGUGGUCUGGCAGCCUGGAUGUGCCCUAUAUGAUUCCACUGGCCCAGGAGGGUUCUUCUUCUGACCGCCGAGGCUGCCCUUACAGCUCCCGGGCCAGGCGCAGUAACAGCUCCGAGGCCCUGCUGGAUAGAUCAAGCCUCCCUGACGAUCCUGCUCCCAGAAACGGGAUGCCCCCCAGAGGAGGGCCCUACAAGAGCUCAGAAACACUGACUGAUGGCAAGCUGCGACACAUUCACCUGGGCAGCCCCGAGAGACAUGUUGAGGGCUCUGUGGACCAGGCCAAAAUGCGUCUGUCCAUGGGUGACCGAGGGGCUGGUGGAGGCUACAAUGAGCUAUUGAUGGACUAUAUCUGGGGGAAACAGCAGAGGAUGCAAGUGCAGCACCACCUGUACCAGUCCACAGGCAGGAUCUGGCAGGACAUGUCCUCCCCUCGCUCCUCCACUGCGGCGGUGCCUCCCCAUGCCAAUGGCUUUUCCCAUUCCCAGGUGCACCUCCCCAGCGCUGCACCACCUUACAGCCCCAUGGUGCUCCGAGGGUCCCAAGCUGAGCUGCGCAGGGUCAAAGUCACCAGAACCAAAUCUUGUGGACCCUUUAUUCCUUUGCAGCAACAUUCCCAGGAUGCCAUCCUGCUGUCAGCGUACGAGUCUCCCCUGCCUGCCUCUGGCACCACCACAUCCUCCAUCCCCAACCUGCACCCCUACCAGACCGAGCUGUCUGGCCCCUCGUUUAGCCGCAGACCCCCACAGUUCUCUCUCCCAACCCCAGAAGACUCAACGCGAAGCUUACAUAAAGCCUUGGCUCUAGAGGGACUGAGGGACUGGUACCUAAGAAACGCCCUUGGCUAUCCUCCUGCUGCCUCAAAGGGCCAUGAGGCAGGGAUCUCUCGUCUAUCACACCCCCACCCGCUGGUGCACCAGGCCCAGUCUGUUCAAGGUGAACCAGCCAACCUCCACAGAUCUCAGAUACCCCAGUCAGCCAGCUUCCAUGGUCACCCGCUGCAUGGAAGGUCGAUGGAGUUCUCGCUCUAUCAGGAGACUCCUCAUCCACAGAUGCAAGAGGUGACCCCAAAGGAACCCAGUGCAGACCCAGGCACCCUAGUCUGAAGCAGCAGAAACACACACACACACACACACACACACACACACACUCUACAUAAUCUGAGCAAAAACACUGUAGCCUCACACACACAUUCACUCAGACACAGUCACAGUCACACACGUACACACACAAGUUGAUACAAUGUGACCUCAACAGCAAAGCAAAACACAGCAACCUCAGCAGAAAGAGACUGGAAAAUAUGACAAACUGUAGCUGUACAGUGUGAAAAAGCCUUGGCAAGUUCCCCGUGUUCUAACUGAUCCCACCAGUAUAUGAACUUCAAACCCAGUAUUCUCAUGUAGAUGUGCACUGGAGUUGACUCAUCUAAUAACAAUAUGGUCAUGCUGUACUUAAUAUAUCAAUAUUUCGGGUCCAACACGAGCAGUAAAAUCCUUCCUAAUAACCCUGAAAAGUCUCCCGAGAUAUACUUUUUUACAGAAUAUAUACAACUCUAAAUUACUAUUUUGUAUCUUCUGAGAUAUAAAGAACAGCUAUAUUAAAGAGGUAAUUUAUUGCUCAUUAAUCUUGUGAUAUACAAAGAUGUUAUAUGAGCUCACAUCAUUUGAAAAGUAUUAAUACAUGCCAGUGAAUGUGUGUUUGUAAACUGUAUAAAACGCAAACAAACAUGCUUCAGUCUUCAUCUGCCGUUAAUUUCACAGCCAUUUGUAUUUUUCAUUUUAAUAAAUAAAAGGGGCCACGAACUAGUGUACUGGUGUAGCAGACGGGAGUGCCUAAAUGUUUUAAUAUCAAAACUAAACCUUGGUUGGAAAACUUUGAAGUGCUUUCUAAUAAUCUGAAAUGCUAGCAUUAAGCCUUUGUUAGCUUAGUCUAGUCAAAAACUGAAAGCAGUUCACGAUGUCACUAAAUUUGGAUAUUUGGAAUGAUGUCAUAUAUAUUGUGAUUUUUCUGUAUAUUUUCUAGAUUCAGCUUAGUGCUGGCAAAUACAUGUAGCUUUCUCUGUGUUGACCUUGACAAAACAAUUAGACCAGUUUUUGGAGAAAAAACCUGAGGGCUGUUGGGUGAAAUCUACUGUUGGGCAGUAGCACAUGACUGUAUGACAAUUAUUUACUCAUAUCAAAUCAGUUUUUUCUGCAUUUAGUUGUGGAGGAUUUGAAUGUCAUAUGGAGCACUUUAUGAACAUCUUAAGCCUUAAUUCCCUAUGAAUUUGUCACCAAAAGAAAUGACAGGCAGUAGACAGGGUUUAUAAUUGGGAGCAUAAAAAUAAGUGAGUUUUGUCGACAUCUACUGAAGGUCUACCUGAAUGUUAGUCUGUAUAUAGCGUUGAUUGUACUUAUGAGUUUCAAGCUGAUGUUUUAUUCCCGUACUAACAAGGUAAUUUUUAAACAAACCAAAUGAUAAGUAAUUAAUUAAUAACCUCCCCCACUAUUUUCAGCCCCCAAGUGAGCACUAUUUAAUUGGUUGUAAAAUAUGAGGUAGGUGGUGUGAACAGAAUAGGGCUGCGGCAGUUUUGAAUGACUGUGUGAGCAGGUCUCAUACCAGUAUAUUUGUUAAUGAAAAUUCAUGCUGGCAGAUUUUUCAUGUGCUUAGUUUUGUGUUGUUAAAAAAAAAUUGCUUUUACUUUUUUUUUUUUUAAUCAGAGUAGUUAUUUUACAUAAUAUAUUUUUUAAUUUGCAACCAGAGUCUUAAUAGCAUUCUGCAAUGUGAACUUCAGAAAGAUCAGAAUAAAACAUGAAAUCCUCAAGGAAACUGAAAGUAUCUUAGUGUAGACAGAACAUUUGUAUUUUUUUUCCCCAUUUAAUGUACUUGAUCUUUGGCCAUUGUGAGACUCAUUUGAAUGUAAUUAACGUUUGUCAUAAGUGAUAUUGUUUUUACUUUGUUACAAACUGUAGCACAGCGUUGAAUGUUACCUAUUUUCUUCUGCUGUCUGAAGUGUUCACAUCCUCUCAGCAUCCAGCUUCAUAGAGCUUCUUCCAGCUGGUUAAAACCUGAAAUCAAAGACCAAACUGCUGUGCACUGGGGGUCGUAAAUGUAUUUUUCAUAUAAUGUACUCUGUCAGUUGAAAAUUAAUUAUAUAAAUUGAUCUGUUAAGCAAAUGUAUUCAAACUAUAUUAUAUUUAUGUAAUAAAAGUAGCUCUUUCUCAUCAGUGCGGGAAUUGGUAAUGUGUGUUCAAACCACUUCAUUCAGCAGUGUGACGUGUUAAUAUUUGAUUAUUCUUUUUCUUAUUUUUUUUUUAAAUAUUUAAAUGCAGCUGUUUUCCCUUUCUCUCCUCUCUUUAUAACAAGGCCUGUGAAAUAAGACUAUAUAGGCCUGCCCUAUACUGUAUGUAUGAGAUUGUGCAUUCAUUCUACUAAAUAAAGUGUCAUGUUGAAAUCAA